GGUUUAGCCGUCUAACCUGACUCACCCCUUCGUGCUGUGAUGGGAUCGGAAUGAUUCACCCGUGUUACUGUGAUACGGAGGCAGGAUUUUCACACCGGUGUCUGGGGACUCUCAACACAAGACACCUUUGUUGCUUCUGAGGUCUCGGGGUCAGCUGCGCUGUUGCAGGCUACGUUCCCCAUCAAAGGCAAAGAGAUGCUGUUGACACCUUCCUGGUUGGAGGGUGUCAGCAACCCCAGCUCUUAAGGUCUUGCUGGCGUUGGCAGAAGGUGUCCAAGCCCACCUCACUGAACAGAUUGACUCAGCCUGGCCACCUGUGCAGCAUGUCCCUCCGUGAGCAUGCACUGACCCUCUUCUGCAGUGCAGUGGGUACUGUCCGGCCCGCUCCGAUGCUGAAGAGGGCUCUGAAACUCCAGAAGGAUGGGUGCCCUCAGCUGCUGGUGAAGGGCAGGGCCUUCCCAGUGAAGAGGAACCUGUACCUGGUAGGUUUUGGCAAAGCUGUGCUGGGGAUGGCUGCGGCAGCAGAAGAGAUCCUGGGAGACCACCUGGUUCGGGGGAUCAUCAAUGUGCCACUGGGCAUCCAGGAGAGCCUGCGGCGAGCAGGAAUGCAGGAGAUGCUGCUGAAACCACACAGCAAAAUCCAGGUCAUCGAAGGUGCCAAGAACAACCUCCCAGAUGCAGAGGCUCUGAAGGGAGCACUUGCCAUCCAGGAACUGGCAGAGGGUCUGACUGCAGAUGACCUGCUCCUCGUGCUCAUCUCAGGGGGUGGAUCAGCCCUACUGCCUGCUCCCAUCCCUCCCAUCCUCCUCAAAGAGAAGGAGAAACUCACAAAGAUGCUGGCUUCCCAAGGAGCUGCCAUACAGGAGCUGAAUGUUGUCCGGAAGACUCUCUCCUUGCUGAAGGGUGGAGGGCUGGCCCGGCUCUCAUAUCCUGCACAGGUGGUGAGCCUCAUCCUUUCUGAUGUGAUUGGUGACCCCCUGGACAUCAUAGCAAGCGGCCCCACUGCUGCCAGCUCCCACACUGUCCAAGACUGCCUUCAGAUACUCACCAAAUACAACCUGCUGCACAGUCUGCCCAAGUCAGUGGAAACGGUCCUGUCCAGCUCUCCCACCAAGCCCACUGCUCCAGAAGACUUCUCCCACGUUUGCAACAUCAUCAUCGGGUCAAACAGGCUGGCUCUAGACGAGGCCAAACGCCAAGCUGAGGGCCUGGGCUACACCACGCUGGUUCUGAGCGCAGCAGUGUGUGGGGACGUUGGCCGUGUUGCCAUGCUGUACUGCCAGCUCAUCCAGCUGCUCUGCCUGGGCUUUGCCGGCCUCGGAGAAGGGCCCCAGAGUGAUGAGGUGAGGCAGGAUCUCCUGCAGCUGGUGGCAGAGCUACAGAUCCCAGGUUUGAACCUUGCUGAAUUUCUAGAGGCCCUGCGAGGAUUGGGGUCUAAAACACCAGUGUGCAUCCUGGCUGGUGGAGAAACCACAGUCCAGCUCCAAGGAACCGGCAAGGGAGGGAGGAACCAGGAGCUGGUCCUGCGAGUGGGGCUGGGGCUGCACAAGGCACAGACCAUGGAAGCCAGCAGCUCCCCACAGAGGUGCGAGAUCUUCUUCCUCAGCGGUGGAACAGAUGGGCAGGAUGGGCCAACGGAGGCAGCAGGAGCUUUCUGCAGCCCAGAGCUGGUGACUGAGGCAUUGCGGGAGGGCCUUGAUGUGGAGGCUUUCCUUAGCAGCAACAACUCCUAUGCCUUCUUCAGCCAGUUCCAAGGUGGGCAUCACCUCCUGGUGACAGGAUUGACAGGCACCAAUGUCAUGGACAUCCAGGCCAUUUUAAUUAGAGCCAUGGAAUGAUCCUGAGAGGUCCCUCUGCAGAUAUCCAGAUGCAUUUAAUUAGGACCCUGGUUAAAGGAAGGCAUCAACACUGCAGACAAAUGUAAACUACUUAAAUUAGGGCUUGCUUUUGAGGGUGCUACUGUCUUUGUCAGAAAUAGUCCACUAAUUAGACACAGGAGUGGACAUCCACAGCAAAAGCAAGCACUUGUAAUUGGGAUCAGAGGGAGAUAAGAGGUCACAUUACAGACGUAGAGGCCACAUUUAACACUACUGCUGAGAGCCACCACACUUGUGACUGCUUCAAAUGUAGUUAAAUCAUGUGAGGAAAUGAAAGCCAUGGUAGGGCUGCCAGUGAGAGCCCUCUCCGCAGCUGUUGCACCUCAAGAGCAGCUCAGCAGUGGGCUUAUGCAGUUUCACAGAAGUGCAUUACAGAGACCAAAGGAUGUAAAAGCAAUGGCAAAGCCUGCCCAGCUCAAGGCAAGGAGGUGCUGGGGGAACAUGGUUAGAAGGGGACACCCAGCACCCACUCCAGUGCCCUGCAGCUCCUCCCACACCAGUGUACCUCAACAGAGACCUCAAGCCCAGCGUGAUGCACACCAGUGUAGCUAAGGGGCACAUUGGCAGAGAAGUGCUUGGUACUGGACACGUGGCACAAGCAGUGCACAGAACAGUGACAGAGGGCGGUGUACCUUCACUGUGCAGCACAAGGAUGGGGAUAGCUGAUUUUCAGCAGCAAGCCAGCUGAGGGGGGUCCUUCUCUCUGCAGGAACAUCAUCCCUGCUGAUCCCUGUUGGGAGAUCCUCUGUGCCAGCAGCAUGUGUGCUGUGAGCUUCCACGGUGUUGUUUUCCAACUGCCUAGAAAACAGUCACGCAGCCAGUCUGAGCCACUGACCUUUCUCCUGCACCGAGGCAGAAGUCGCUGUCACUCUGAUUAACUCUGCUAAUUCCACAGAACAAAAGGCAAGGAAACCUUCAUGCUCAGCUCUCCUGACCCAUGCUGCUGAGCUGAUCAAAGGGCAAAGCUGCUGGAGCUGUGCUCUGACAGGGAGCUGCUCCCCCGCAUGUAUGAGGAUGAGGUGUUUAUCACAGUUUCAUCACUUACUGCAGCACAUAUGUGGGAGAUCAGAGAUGAGCUGGGUUUCCCAGGACAUGGAGCCUACAGUGGGAUGGGAUUUCAGAAGGAUUCUGCCUGUAGCAACAGGCAUGGUGAUGGUUUUGGCUGGAUAUUCAAAGGACUUCAGCUCAGCAGCCAGUAUGACCCAACAUGUCCAACUGAGUAUCUGCCCGAUUGUUACAGAGCCUAAGUAGAAGCUGAGCUCCUUUGAAAAUCCAGCCCUAAUUUAAUAGGACACACUUGACUCAGACUCUUUCCAGACUCUCUGUGGCUGAUCUCAUCUCGUGACAUAAAUACAGUGUCGCACCAACACCGUGAGUCGUGGUGUCUCACUGCAGUCGUUCUGCGCCCUGCUCCAAGAUGGAUCAGAGGGUGGAUUUGAGAAGGAUGCAACACAUCCUGCUUUGGUUUUGAAGCCAGUCUCUAACAAGUAGGGAUAUCAGCAGGACCAUCAUGGGGCCUGGUAUCAAUGCCAGGCUGGCAGCUGGACUGUCUGGGCCACAGCCAAGGGGCAAUGUCAAGGCACAGGCCUGGAGAUUUCAAAACCCUGGUCUUAUCCCAGUGGGUUGAACUCAUCCACACAUCUCAUUUGUCCUGUGAGUCUGAAGGUCUUCUGUAACAUGCCUGAACUUGCUCAUGCUGGCAAACAGCUUUGAGAUCUGCUGGUGAAAACCUGCCAAGUGUUACAGAGCUCACGGUGCCCCUGCUAUGUCAGGUGGUGGUUGCACAGGAGAAGCUGCUUUGUGCUGUGUGUUUUAGUCCAGAGGUUGCUGGCAGGUCAGCUCCUCCAUGCCCAGCAUGCCAGCACUUUGGGGCACUAACAUGUGCAUUGAUACAGCAAAAAAAGAUGGGCUGCAGCCAUGAUAACAGGCUAAAGCUGGCUCCAAAAUAUUGUUAAUGCUUCCUGUCCAGUUCUCCAGUGAAAUCCAGUGUGACUCCAGUUUUGGGCUGGCAUGUCUGGUGCGAGGGCCACUGGCAUCUCCAGCCAGCCUAGGUACACUGUCACAGGGGCACCAUACCCUGUGCUCUGCACCCUGCCUCAUUGCUGAGCACUGUAGUCCUUGGAGCUGCUGCUUGUGCUACAUCUCUUGUCAAGUCCAUAAGACCUUGGGCUCCCAUUUGCUGGCUUCUCCUGAGAAAUGCCUACCACACAUACCCUGUCCUUCCCUUCAGAACAGUGGCUUUUCACUAGUGAUUAAAAAGAGUUUGUGCU